CAUCGCUCAAAGUAGUUUUUUUUGCCGUUAUAGCCAUUUUAACGGUGACGGAGGUGAAGGGUCACGAUUAUGGGAAGGCCUUAUCCAACAGCAUCCUAUUUUAUGAGGGCCAGAGGUCCGGUCCUCUGCCCCCUUCACAGCGUAUGACUUGGAGAAAAGAUUCUGCUCUUCGAGAUGGUUUAGAUGAGAAGAUAGAUUUGGUAGGCGGUUACUAUGAUGCCGGUGACAAUGUAAAGUAUACCUUUCCCAUGGCAUUUACAGCCACAAUGUUGGCAUGGAGUGUGCUGGAAUAUGGACAAGACAUGGGUAAUGACGAGUUGCCCCAUGCCCUUGAGGCGAUACGCUGGUCAACGGACUUUUUGUUGAAGGCUACAAACAAGCAAAAUGUUGUGAUUGCCAUGGUUGGUGACCCAAUUGCAGACCACAACUGCUGGGAAAGGCCCGAAGAUAUGGACACUCCUCGUACCGUUUACCAGGUCAAUGAAACGUUUCCUGGCUCUGAGGUUUCUGCAGAGAUUGCUGCCGCCUUGGCAGCUUCUUCCAUGGCUCUAAAGAGUUCUGAUCCUGUUUAUUCCAGCUCCCUCCUUCAAAGGGCCCGCCAAGUUUUUCAGUUUGCUGAUAAAUUCCAAGCUUCUUACAAUAAUAGUUGUAAAGCGGUUUGUCCAUUCUAUUGCGAUUUCAGCGGUUAUCAGGAUGAAUUGAUAUGGGGAGCAGCAUGGCUCCAUAAAGCCACAAAUGAUGCCCAGUACUGGGAUUAUGUGAAAGAGAAUAUAAAUAAAAUUUGGACAGCUGGAAGUUUAUUUGGAUGGGAUGCCAAACACGCUGGUAUUAAUGUCCUCGCCUCGCAGUAUGUUUUGAAUGGUGAGGGCAGCAAAGAUACCAUCCCAUUCAUUCCCAAUGCCGAUGCCCUGGUUUGCGCAGUUCUUCCUGAAUCGCCUACAAAAACUGAGAAAUUCACUCCUGGUGGACUCUUGUACCAGAAAGGGUUGAUGGGAAACAUGCAACGUCCUAUAUCUCUGUCCUUUCUCCUACUUACCUAUGGAAGGUAUUUGGAGAGCUCCAAUAGGACAAUCCAAUGUGGAGACAAUGUUUUCCCAACUUCUAAACUUAUAGAAUUUGCCAAGUCUCAGGUGGAUUAUAUCUUGGGAGAUAAUCCCUUGCAAAUAUCGUAUAUGGUGGGAUAUGGUGAGUCCUAUCCUAAAAGAAUACACCAUCGAGGGUCAUCGCUGCCGUCCAUUAAAGAUCAUCCAGCACACAUUGCAUGUAAAGAGGGGACUAUAUAUUUCAACAGUUCAAACCCUAACCCUAACGUGCUGAUAGGAGCAGUGGUUGGAGGACCUAAUGAUGGAAGUGACCAAUUUCCAGAUGAUAGAAUGGACGCUGGGGAAUCAGAGCCUACCACUUAUCUUAAUGCACCUCUUGUUGGUCUUUUAGCUUAUUUUAAAGCAAACCCCUCGCUGUAGUGGCUAGAUACUACGCAGUACGUAAUUUAUUUGAAUUGGGAACUAAAAUUGUUGUAUGAUAAACACGCACCCAAACGUUAAAUUAUUGACC